UAUACCCUCAUAUCUGCUCCACCUUCAUAUACUCCUGUAUUACCCCCAUAUCUGCUCCUCCUCCUCGUUCCUUGUAUAUUACUCUUUAUUUUCUCAAACAGGCACCGUGUACUAUACUCAUUGGUCACCAUCUUGUCUCUACAGGGUGGUGAAGGAGGAGAUCUCGGAUGAUAACGCUAAGCUGCCGUGUUUUAAUGGCCGUGUAGUGUCCUGGCUGGUUUCUGCAGAGAGUUUACCCCCCGAGCAGUCUCCACCACCGCCUCCAGAUGUGCGGCCUGAACCGUCCCCGCUCCCUCCUCCGCUGCCCCCGCCCCCUGCAGAGAGAACCAGUGGCAUUGGGGACUCGCGGCCGCCCUCCUUCCAUCCCAACGUGUCUGACAGCGCUGAGAACCUGGACCAGGAGACAGAGACAGAGUCUGUGGUGUCUGUGCGCCGGGAACGGCCGCGGAGGAGAGAGAGCGGAGACCCAGCGGUUGGACGAGCUCUGAACGGUCGCACUGAUCGCCAUCUGUCCGGUUACGAGUCGUCCUCCACUCUCCUGACCAGUGAGAUAGAGACCAGUAUCUGUGAUUCAGAGGAAGAUGACACUAUGAGCAGGUUCAGCAGCUCCACUGAGCAGAGCAGUGCAUCUCGUCUGCUGAAGCGUCACCGCCGGAGGCGUAAGCAGCGUCCGCCGCGCUUGGAGAGGGCAUCAUCGCUCAGCAGCGUGACAGACUCCACCAUGUCCUUGAACAUCAUCACCGUCACCUUAAACAUGGAGAAGUAUAACUUCCUCGGCAUUUCCAUUGUGGGGCAGAGUAAUGAACGCGGUGACGGAGGGAUCUAUAUUGGAUCCAUAAUGAAGGGCGGAGCGGUGGCAGCUGACGGAAGGAUCGAGCCAGGGGACAUGCUGCUACAGGUGAAUGAUAUAAACUUUGAGAACAUGAGUAACGAUGAUGCAGUGCGUGUCCUGCGGGACAUCGUCCAUAAACCUGGGCCAAUUGUCCUGACGGUGGCCAAGUGCUGGGAUCCGUCUCCGCAGGGUUACUUCACGUUGCCGCGCAAUGAGCCCAUUCAGCCCAUUGACCCUGCAGCCUGGGUGUCUCACUCUACAGCCAUGAGCGGUUCCUUCCCUGUGUAUCCGGGUAGCGCAUCCAUGAGUAGCAUGACCUCCAGCACGUCGGUGACAGAGACUGAGCUCUCUCACGCCCUUCCACCAGUAUCUCUCUUCAGCCUCUCUAUACAUACAGAUUUGGCCUCUGUUGUUAAGGUCAUGGCCUCUCCCGAAUCCGGCCUUGAAGUUAGAGAUCGUAUGUGGCUGAAAAUCACAAUCCCCAAUGCUUUCCUAGGGUCAGAUGUGGUGGACUGGCUGUACCACCAUGUUGAAGGCUUCCAGGACCGACGAGAGGCUCGUAAGUUUGCCAGUAACUUGCUGAAGGCCGGAUUCAUCCGUCACACGGUCAAUAAGAUCACGUUCUCGGAGCAGUGUUACUACAUCUUCGGUGACCUGACCAGCUGUGAGAACUAUAUGGCGAAUCUCUCCCUCAAUGAUAAUGACGGAUCGAGCGGAGCUUCUGACCAGGACACCUUGGCUCCUCUGCCUCUCCCAGGAGCAUCACCCUGGCCUCUGCUGCCCACCUUCUCGUAUCAGUAUCCUGCCCCUCAUCCAUACAGUGCCCAGCCGCCGGCCUACCACGAGCUGUCCUCCUAUAGCUAUGGUCUGGGCAGUGCAGGGAGCCAGCACAGUGAGGGGAGCAGGAGCAGCGGCUCCACACGUAGCGAUGGUGGUCGUGGGGUUCAGAAGGAGGAUCGUUCUGCAGGUGGAGGAGACUCAAAGUCCGGCUCUGGUAGCGAGUCUGAAUACUCCACCCGGAGCAGCCUGAGGAGAAGUGGGGACGGCCCUCCCAGUGAACGCUCCGCAUCCAUCCGCUCUCAAGCCGGGCCUCACCACCCCCCCUCUGUGCACUCGUAUCCUGCUCCGGGGGUCCCACUCUCCUACAAUCCCAUGAUGCUGAUGAUGAUGCCGCCCCCUCCCCUCCCACCACCGUCCUCUUGUCCUUCCUCUUCUGUUCCUCCUGGAGCUCCGCCUCUAGUGCGCGACCUGGCAUCGGUUCCUCCUGAGCUAACCGCCAGCCGCCAGUCCUUCCACAUGGCCAUGGGCAACCCCAGCGAGUUUUUUGUGGAUGUCAUGUGAUUAGGGGGGGAGGAGUUGUAUGUUCUUGUGGUCAUUAACACUAAUACAUUUCAGUCAUCUAGACGAGCGUCCACAAUGUUAUACGCGAUGACCAAAACGAUAGGAUCCCGAUGGUGAGGAGACGGCGGCUCUUGUCCUAGAGACGUCUUCUCCUCUGAUCUGGUACUUAAGGACGAGAAGGUCCUCAUGGGACUCUGCCUUACACUAAUUGUAUCCAUGCACAUGUAUGACAUAGAGCAGACGGUACGGGUGCCCGCCGCCCCCUUAUUAUGAAGUAUUGUUUUAUUCCUCCAUAUUAGCAGUGUUUUAUUCCUCCCCUGUGGCGGGGAUGAUGGUCGCUCCUUCCGCGGGAGUGGGAGGUGUACGAGCGUUUUAAAGCUUAUGUUACUGACUUAUUUUAUAACACUAUGUAAUGCUGUGGCUGUGAACUCGAUGGCUCCUUCUCCCUGGGAUCACAGAUGGUGCAGAUCCUUCCGCCUGGAGUACCUCGUGACGAUCCCUUAUGGUGAUGCUGCGAUUGGCUGGACGGCUGUGCUCUUGUGUACCCAGAAUGUGACCCGUGCCUUGUAGGAGAGAAGUAUGUGACCCCAGGGUGUGGGCGGGCGUGGUGCCGCCCAGCGUGGGGACUUAAGUGCCUCAAUUACUUUGCUUUUUAUGGUAUUUAUUACUUUUUUUAGUGUAUAAACCAACAAUAAAAUGUAAACAAAAAAGUAUUUUAUAACCAAAGUGUUGGGUGUUGUGAUG